AUGGAGGACAAGGAUGAAAGGGUUUGGAAGGAUGCUAGUGAUAUGGCUAAGAAAUUAGAAAAAUGGGAUAGGGUAGAGAUAAAAGAAUACUUAGGGAACAAACAUGAAACAAGCAUAAAAGUGUUGAAUGCUAUUGGAAAUGUUCAUUGGGUUGCAGUGGGUUUCUUAAUGGUAGGUGCAGCUUUAGAAAUUGCAGAAACGAUAAAAAAUAAUGAGGAGUUUGAAAUAGAUGACAAAAUUAAAGAAGUCAUUCGACAACUUGAUUGUGAGAGUGAUAGUGCAACAACAGCAGUGACUGUAUAUAGUAUUGGUGGGUCUGGCAAGACCACACUAGCGGAUGUAGUUUAUUCCUCUCUGAAAGACAAACUUCAAGGCUGGAAAUUUUCUAAAAUUACUCUAAUUAAAAACCUAGAAAAAAAUCCCAAAGUAGAAGAACUUCGAUCCUUGAUUUUGCAAGAUUUGACUACCACCAAACCUGAUGUAAGAGACUUUCAAAGUGGACAACAACUCCUAAAACAAAUUAUAGAAAAAGAAACCAUUUUCUUAUAUAUUGACAAUAUUUUGUAUCUAGAACCAUUGAAAAAUCUCUUACCUAAGGAUUUCACAAGUGCAAAGAAACUCCGGUUACUUUUAAUAGCUAGAGAAAAACAUGUCUCAAGAACAAUUGAAUGUAGUGGAAUUGAUCCGUGUAAACUCUAUGACAUAGGAUGCCUUUCUACUGCAUCCCUUCAAGUGCUAUGCAAAAAAAUUGAUAGAAAGAAAGAAAAGGAGUUCAUAUUGCAAGAAAGGCCUCAAUUGAGGCAAAUAGCGAAGAUAUGUAGUUGUUGUCCUCUUUUUUUGGAGGUUAUUGGAGCUUAUCUUCAUCAAAGAAAGAAUAAAGCUGAAUUUUAUGAGCAAGUACUUGAUUCGCUAGAAUUUGGAGAUGUUUUUAGUGGCAGUGAGAAUUACAAUUUUGAUGACUCAAGGGUUCUGUUUUCCUAUGAUGGGCUUAAUCUAAGUGCUAAGGAAGCAUUCCUGGAUGUAUGCUUAUUCUUCACCUAUUUGAAUUGGGAGGAAGUUGCAUGCAUUGUGGGAGAUGAAGAAAUGGAAUGCUUAAAAGAAGGAGCUCUCAUCAAGAGAGAAAAUGAGAAAAUAAAUAUUCAUGAUCUCAUUUUAGCAGCUGGCCGCAAUAAAUCAAAAUGGAGCCGAUUCAAAAAUGAAGAAGAGUUUUCUAUAGCAUUGAAAAAUGAAGAGCUUAUUUCUAAAGUAAAAGGAGUAUGGAUACAAAACAUGAAAAGUCCCUUGCUUAUAUCAGGAGAAGAGUUGGAUGCCACGAGCAAGUCUUUGCGAGUAUUUUGUUUGGGAGACAGGAAUUUGAUAAUUUUUAAAGGGAAAUGCAACAAACAAUUUGACCAGCUAAGCUGGAUUUGCAUAGAUGCAAUACUGAUGGAAUUUCGCAGUAGAGACCUAACAGAAUUGCCCGAAUCUCUUGUCAGGCUCCGAUCUUUACAGAAGUUGGAUUUGAGUCGCUGUUGUAAUCUGAAGCACUUGCCAGCUGGAUUUGGGGAGUUGGCCACUCUUACUCAGCUUGACUUGGGGAGUUGCGAGAGUCUGCAAGAGCUCCCACGUGAUUUGGAAAAGCUUACCUCAUUACAGUCAUUGAACAUAGCCUUCUGUUCCAGUCUGCUUUACCUUCCUGAAAGCCUCGGAGGCUUGAUGUCUGUGUCGGGAUGGAAAAUUGAUUUUUUUUCCUGUUCAAGUUUAAGUGAGCUACCAGAAGAAAUUUGCAAAAAUAAAAAGGUCACAAGAAUAUCAUUAAGUUUUUGUAGAAGUUUGAAGACGCUUCCCAGAUGGUUCGGUGAGCUCACUUGCCUGCAAGAAUUAAACUUAUAUGGAUGUGAAAGCUUAGAACAGCUGUGUAACGACUUUCAUUGCCUGGGAAGAUUGAGAAGUUUACGUUUGAAUAAAUGCAAGAGCUUGUCAAGCCUGCCUCUAGGUUUUGAGAAUCUUAGUUCUCUAAAAGAUUUAUGGUUGAAUAAUUGCAGGAGCUUGUCAAGCCUGCCUCUAGCCUUUGGGAAACUUACUUCUCUAGAAACCUUAGAUUUAUCAGCAUGCAAUAAACUUGAGGAAUUGUGUAGUAACUUCCAUUGCCUUGUAGCACUAAAAUAUCUAAAUCUGUCGAAGUGUGAGAGUUUAUGCAAUCUUCCAAACCGUUUUGGCGAGCUUGACUCCUUGCAAAGCUUAAAUCUACAUGGAUGCUCUCAUCUAAUGAAGCUUUCUGAUGAUUUCCAUCUUCUCCAAUCUUUGACAAGAUUGGGCCUUUCUAAAUGUGAGAGUUUGGGUGGUGAAUGGAUGGAUAGUGUGGGGAAUAUCAGGAGUUUAUGGAGCCUCGACAUUGAGGGCAAUGAAAAAAUGAUACAGCGGUGGAUGGAAACGAGAAGCCAAAAAGAAAGGAACCUGGUGGUGUUGCAGGGUGAAGGUAAUCAAAGGGCUUUGUUGUUGGAAGGGCUGUUAUCAAAGGGUUUUGACAAGGGCGGGCUUCUGGUUGACGCAGAUGAACACCCCUUCUGUUUAUCCUCGCUUCAACCGCAAACUCCAGUCAUCCUCAUCAUUGAUUCACAAAUUGACUCUCUGAAAUGGGGAGCAUUGGGAAAGAACCUGCAGCAGCUGCAACGCAAUUCAAAAGAGUUGCGUAUCAUAUAUGUUGGGAACCGUUUUAAAUCAUUGAAAUCUGAGUUGGCUACCUUUAGAUUCCUGGCUUAUACACCUGACAACUCCCGGACCUCCUCUUUCUUUCAUAAAUUAUCUGAUUUUUUCUUCAAUUGUAGAAUUGCAGUUUUCCGUAGCACCGAUGAUUUAGAAGAAGACGGCCUAAAAUGCUUGUCAGCAUGGGAAGACAUAUCUUCUUAUAUAUCAAAUAGAGCGGCCUUUCUCGCAAAAACUCCAAGAGAAAGCAAUAUUGAAUUGCUGAACGAAUUGCUGGUAACUGAAAAAACAGAUUAUCUCUUGCUCAGUGAAAAUCGUCAGGUGAAGGUUGCCACUCUCCAAGGAAAAUUGAUAUUAUUGCUCGUGACAUAUCUUCAUAAAGACCUGGAAGGGUUUGUCUCAGCCGUGAAAGAAAUGUAUCUGAAGAUGAAAGAGAGCCAUAAUUAUGUGUUUGAAGUUGUUUGGGUUCCAAUAAUAUCAUCGGAAACCACAUGGGAAAAGUUUGAGAGAGCAGCUGCCAGUGCUCCGUGGCCAGUGAUGCAAGGGCGAUGA